AUGCUUGAAUACCAAGCUCUGUAUCAAAACUCAGUAGUGCCACUCAUGAAUAAGAAAAUCGUUUUGGAAACGGAAAAGUUCUCAAUUUUGUUAGAGCGACUUGGAAUAACAUUCGGUAGUAUCGAUGAAGAAACGGUUGAGUUAUGUACGACAAAUCCUUGUGAUGCGAAUGCAAACUGUACCAACACAGUUGGUUCAUAUGUGUGUUUUUGCCAUUCUGGUUUCACUGGUAAUGGAAUCAAUUGUUCCGAUACCGAUGAAUGCGCAAUUAGCGCGAAUGAUUGCAGUCCGAAUGCUAACUGUGCAAACACCGUUGGAUCUUUUACGUGUCAAUGUAAGGCAGGCUAUACUGGUAACGGGACAUCGUGCACUGACAUCAAUGAAUGUAUUCUUGGAAACGACAAUUGUCAUGCGAACGCCACGUGCUCUGACACUAUUGGUUCUUUUGCAUGUCAGUGCAAUAUUGGAUUCGAAGGCAAUGGGUCAUCCUGCAAAGAUAUCAACGAAUGCGAUUCGGGAUUACAUAAUUGCCAUCUUAAUGCGAGUUGUUUUAACAACCUUGGGUCAUUCUCUUGUGCUUGUAAAACUGGAUAUGUUGGGAAUGGCACAAAAUGUGAAGACUAUGAUGAAUGUACAUAUGGACUAAACAACUGUGACAAUAGGAUUGCAACUUGUACAAAUACGCCCGGAUUGUUCCAGUGUAAAUGUAAAGCAGGUUUUCACGGAGACGGGAUAAACUGCACUGAUAUCAAUGAAUGUGAAACUGACAACUGUCAUGCAAACGCCACGUGUACGAAUUCUAUUGGUUCGUUUACAUGUCAGUGCAAUACGGGAUUCGACGGCGAUGGGUUAAGUUGUACAGACAUCAAUGAUUGUGUUCUUGAAACUGACAACUGUCAUGCAAACGCAACAUGUACGGAUACUAUUGGUUCGUUUACAUGUCAGUGCAAUACGGGAUUCGAAGGCAAUGGGUUAAAUUGUACAGACAUCAAUGAAUGUGCUCUUGAAACUGACCACUGUCAUGCAAACGCCACAUGUACGGAUACUAUUGGUUCGUUUACAUGUCAGUGCAAUACGGGAUUCGAAGGCAAUGGGUUAAAUUGUACAGACAUCAAUGAAUGUGUUCUUGAAACUGACAACUGUCAUGCAAACGCCACAUGUACGGAUACUAUUGGUUCGUUUACAUGUCAGUGCAAUACGGGAUUCGAAGGCAAUGGGUUAAAUUGUACAGACAUCAAUGAAUGUGUUCUUGAAACUGACAACUGUCAUGCAAACGCCACAUGUACGGAUACUAUUGGUUCGUUUACAUGUCAGUGCAAUACGGGAUUCGAAGGCAAUGGGUUAAAUUGUACAGAUAUUGAUGAAUGUGCCACAAAAGGCCACACAUGUAGUAAAGAUGGUAUCUGUUACAAUAAUAUUGGAAGUUAUACUUGCAGGUGUCAUGUUGGCUUCAGUGGUGAUGGAAAGAAAUGCACUGGCCCUUGUCCAAGUGAAACAGUUGGCACAGUUGAUAGUUAUGGAAUCUUCUCGUGGCCUGAAACUCCAGUUGGGACACGUUCCUCACUUGCCUGCCCAUACAAUAAUGAGUCUUUCGCGAUCCGCGAAUGUCUGUAUACCAACAAAACGAAUAGUGGAAACGCUUGGGGUCCAACCGUUGCCACUGAUUGUAAUUUUCAAGACGUCAGAAGCAAAGAUCUGUUUCUUUUGGCGCAGGAAGACGUCAAUAUUAAUAAUUUGGUAAAUAUUUCGCGAGACGUGAGGAAUCUGUCAUCGGUUAAUCCUACUGACAGUACGCUAAAAUCUGGAGAUAUUAGUAAUAUCGCUACGGUAUUGGAGAAAAUUGUUGCAGUCAAAGUAAAAUCAAAUGAGAUUUCUGACGAUUUUCUCACCACGGUGGACAAUAUCCUCGAUAACAGAGUGGAGGAUAUAUUUGAAAGUCAACAGAAAAAAAACACUUCUUCAAGGAUUGUCCAAUCUUUGAAUAAUUUCGCAGAAUCAUUGAUUAUCAGUUAUGACAGAACGUUUCAAAAAGUUAAAAGGAAUUAUGCUCUAAAUCUGCAAGCAAUACAACAGCGAAACUUCAGUGGGAUAACAUUUUCCGGGAUAGUGAGAAAAGAAGAAGCAUUCUUGGAGAAUAACAGCAUUUCUAUCGUAUAUAAUGCUUAUGCGAUCGAGCGUUUGAAUAGUUUUGUGAUUGCUGGAAGCAUUAAGGGAUUAUCAGUUGCAAAUCUACAGACGCCAGUUAAAAUUGCUUUUGAAAAGGUUUCCAGAGGAGACACGAACAGUACUUUGUGUUCUUACUGGGAUUUUAGUAUAGGGAAUUGGUCUCAUGAAGGUUGUUCGUUUCAACGCAUUCUUGAUGAUAACAGAAUCCUUUGUCAUUGUAACCAUUUUACGAACUUUGCAAUGCUAAUGGACAUCAACCCACGUGCAGAUGCCACUACUAUUCAUUAUAGAAUACUUGGAGUGACCAGCUCUAUCGGAUGCGCGCUCUCGUUGGCUGGACUUCUUUUGACGAUUGUGACGAUGCUCUUGUCGAGGGAGCAACGUAAACAACUUCCAAGCCAAAUUUUGUUGAACUUUUGCAUUGCUUUGUCACUAAUGAUUAUGGUACUUCUGGUGUCGGACAAUAUGCUUAAAAAAUCGACAUUUACCGCUUGUCGAGCAGCGGCGAUCGCCUUACAUUACUUCUUCUUAUCAGCGUUCUUGUGGAUGGCAGUGGAAGGGUUUACCAUGUAUCUAAAAAUCAUUAAGAUAUUCUCUGCCUCGUCCAACUCUAAGUUCUUGCUGAAGUGCUGUCUUUUUGCCUGGGGAAUCCCUGCUUUAAUUGUAGUGAUUACAAUACUUGCCGCUAUUGAUAAAUAUGGGGAUACAAAUUAUUGUCGACUACAAGGAAUACCAUUCAUUGUAGCAUUUCUAGCUCCAGCUGUUAUUAUCUUCGUUGGUAACAUCAUAUUCUUUGCUUUUAUCAUUCAUUCAUUGCGCACUUCUGGUAACAAUAUUACCUCAACCCGUAAAAGGUCUGGUUACCAGCAAGCUAGGCAAGGAAUUGCAAUCACGGUUCUACUUGGCUUAACGUGGCUUUUUGGCAUUCUGGCAAUUGGUGAUGCUAAGCUACCAAUUCAGUAUUUGUUUUGCAUUUUCAACUCACUCCAGGGAUGGUUCGUGUUCAUCUUCUUCGUUCUUAUACCUGCAAGAAAAGAGCAGCUGCGUAAACGUCGCCAGAAAAAUAAUAAUGUCCACCUGCAAGGUUUUAAACUCCGAGCGGCAGCAGAAGGAAACCAUCAGAAUGGUCAUACCAAUAAUGCCAUAACAGAUACGCACACCACUUGAACAAAUAUUCCUAGUCGUGUCCCUUGGUUUACAUUUUGUUA